AUGACUGACCCCCACCAAGAGCCAGACGGUUUUCCCCAGAUAGGUGGUCGGAUUUCUGCACCGCCACUGUUAUCGGAUAAGCUCCAGCUGCUGAUAGCGCUGGAAUGUUCAAGCCACUCUUGCCACUCCGCUGAAGCCCAGAACGCACUAUUGGCGUUAUCUCGUGGUCUGCUCCGCACCUUUGUCCGUCAAGCAUCGCCAUCAAAGCCUCGGUGGGGGUCAACCCCAGAAACGUCGAAACGUGGGAUUCCUUAUUUCCCCAGCUCUGCGUCCCCGCGUAACCACAGCGGCGGUGUCACGAACUCGGCGUCGUACAAGCGCGCCAGCAGGAAGGGCGCGCCGCGACGCUUUGUGUGCGACCACGCCGGCUGCGACAAGAUCUACUCGCGAGCCGAGCAUCUGCAGCGCCAUCAGCUGAACCACAACCCCAAGGAGAUCUACCGCUGCGACGUGGGCGACUGCGACCAGAAGUUUGUGCGGCUCGACCUGCUGUCGCGCCACAAGAAGCGGCACACGGCCUCGUACACGCCGCGCAACCGCAUCCCCAGCUUCGACACCGGCGGCGAUGCCACGAUCAAGUCGCCGCCCGAUCGCCAUAGCGUCGCCGCCCAGCCGCAGCCACAGCCGCCGUCGUACAGCCAGCAUCACCACCAUGUGUCGACGUCCGGGCCUCACGACGCCGCCAUUCUGCUGACGCCCGACUCCAACACGGGCUCGACGCCUGGGCCGCUGAGCCAUCCGCUGACGACGGGCAGAGCAACCCACCCGGCCACAACCUGGGCGCCGUCGCUUGACGACCGCACGGCUUCCAGCAACAUCAUGCGACACAGGCCGAGCUUCUACGCAACCGACCCGUCGGUUCUGCCCGAGUCGUCUGGCAUGGGCAACUUUGCAGCUUGGCUAUUCGAUCCCCAGACGACUUACAGUGAUUUUAGCAUGGCGGGUCUCCCUUUCCUCGAAGGAGGCCUGGAGUCUACGUUCAACAACAAUAUCCACUACGACUACGAAUCCCUCAACAGCUUGUCGCCCAUGGACCAGCCACACCGACUCUCCGAGUCAUCAUCAGACGACUGGAUCACGGAAUCAAGGCGGCAAGAGCUGCUUCACUGGUUUCAGACCUUUCGCAAGAAGCAGCCGCGAUACGAGCCAUUGAUGCCCAACCUGGUCCUCGAAAGCGGCGGCGACUUGCCUGCGCUAAAUGUGGACAUGAUGAGAGACUGUCUCAAGGAAUUCUGGGAUAAUGUCUCGCCUCGACUCCCCAUUAUCCACCAACACACAUUUUCUCCCAACCGAUGCCCUAUUUUACUGCUUCUUGUCAUGAUUUCUCUUGGAGCAGCAUCAUUACGCGGCCGUGACAUGACGGGGCAACUAUCAGAAUAUGGCCCAUUUGCAGAUGUCAUCAUUUCUUGUGCCCGAUGGGAGAUUUUAACCUCUGAUGACUCUGCACCGCCUGCUAGUCUUUGGGUUUUACAGGCUCUCUUACUUCUCGAAUUCUACGAAAAGCUGUAUUCGUCUAGAAAACUUCACGAGAGGGCGCACAUCUAUCACCCUGCAUUUUUAACGCUGCUCAGGCGCGGAAGUCCCUUGAUUGGCAGGACGGGCAGUGAAUCUCCUCCUGAGCCAGAUUCACUAGGACCAGAUCGAGAAACCCCAAACAUGGCGUUGGAUUCUCGGACAUGGUGGGCUCGAUGGGCAGAGACGGAGUCGAUGCAUCGAGUGGUGUUUGCAGCAUUUAUGCUCGACGUUAUUCACGCCGCCAUGUUUGGCCACGCGGCCGACAUGGCGCCUCACGAGAUUCGACUGCCGCUCCCCUGUGACGACAACCUCUGGGCGGCAAAUAGCCCGGAUGUCGUUCGCCAGCUGGAUGCCAACUUUAGAAUGUACGGUGUAAAGCAGGUCUCCUUCCUAGACGGGCUAAAAAGCGCACUGCAUGGAAAGGAAGUGAAGACGCAUUCGUUUGGGCGCAUGAUUAUCAUUUCGGGUCUACUGAGCGUGGGCUGGCACUUGAACCACAGAGAGACACACUUGAAAUGGCUAGAUAUCCGAACACCAUCGAUGGAGACGCAGGAGACUUGGCGGAAAUUGCUGCUCAGAGCGUUCGAUAAUUGGAAGGGCAGCUUUGACAUUGCCAUGUCAGACUCCAUCUCCGAUGCUCCUGGCCACCGGGGCAUCCCAAAUGGCCCUAUCAAUAGCGCCUCGGUCCUCUACCACCUCGCCCACAUAAGCCUUCAUGCCGACAUUGUCGAUUGCCAAGUUUAUGCCGGCGCUAAGCGUCUUCUCGGCCGCAAAGUCUCAUCUAGGGAUUAUACCAAUGUUAUCAAACGCAUGAGCACCUGGUCAAACCAGGGAUCGACCCGCCAUGCUAUCCUCCACGCUUUCAAGCUCCUCUACCGCGUCGUCGUCGACCCUCACCCUCGACGUCGAAACAGUCCUCACCCGCCCGAACACGCCGCCAUGCAGUAUUCUAUCCGGAACGAGCCAGACCCUCACCGACCGUGGAUCAUGUACUAUGCCGUGUUGGCCAUUUGGGCGUUUGUGCAAGCGUUGGGGCGCCCUCCUGGAAAGGGCUUUCCACUACCAACGUCACAGCUUGGACAUAGCAGUUAUGCACGCAUGGUGGACUACGUAUCUAGUGUUGCUGCACUACAGGAGCUCGAUGAGCAGUCGUCAGCGGUUUUAUAUGAGGGCUUGCCAGAUUUACUUGAUGUGAUGGUGGACAUUUUAGAAGAGGCAGAUACGGAGUUACUGUCGGAAGCACGGGAACGAUUAAAAGUGUGCAAAGAGAUGCUGUUGGGAGGACUUCCUCGGCAGCUGCACUGAAUCAUUUGCUUUUAAUGCACCUCCUUUCCUUUUUCUGGAUAUCGUACAUAACUAUAAUUUGGAUUUUUUGGAAGUAGAAGUUGGCGACUUUGUGGAGCAACGCGGCGGGCUGCUUGAUUUUACUGGGCGUUU